AUGUCGCGGAAUCCCCAUCAACGGCUUCCCUACGGACAUCCUACCCAACCUCCAUCGCAUCCUCAGCAGCCCCAGCGUCAGCGACAACAACAAUCUCUUCAUCCCCACACCCAUUCCCAACCUCAACAGCAUCAUCAAGACCAUCAGUCCCCACUACCACACAUCGGAACAACCAACUUUCCUCCCUCUACUGCACCACACUCGGCCCAAGGUCAUAACCUCCCGCAACAACAUUCUCUCACCCCAAUAACGCAUCAUAUCCCCAUGCUUGCUCGACAUCCCGAUCCCCCACCGCAACCGUCAGCACCACCCCACCAGCAAUCUUCCGGCCAAGAGAUGAACAUGUUUGAAGUUCUUGGCCCUUCUCAAACGCAGAAUCCUGCACUAUACCAAGAACCUCAGGAUCUAAAUCAACCUAGCAUGCCGCACCCAGCCUUCCCAGGCGCAACAGCUCAACAGACUCAACUAACAGAUGUUUACCCUCAACAACCUGUACACAGUCGUCCACAAUAUGUUUCGUCCAUGUGGCCACCUGAGCACCCCGUCCAGUCUCACCAACCGCACCCUCAACCCCCGGCAGUGUUGCAACGUCCUCAGCCCCCUCUUCAUCUCCAUCAGCAAAUGCCGAAAUAUGACCCUCACGCUAGUGCACCCCGCUCUGUCCAAUCGAAGCGAAAGCGCUUGAUCGAUCCCACCCCGCCACAAAUUUCGCCACCGCACCCUAAUCGAGAGACCCCGGUCGCAUCAACCCCGAAGCCGCCAGGGCAUGGGACCUCCACUGAUACACGGCAAGGAAAGGAGCGCGUUCAAAGAGCAUGCACCAACUGCGGAGAGAUGAAUCACAUUCGAAAAAACAAGUGCUCGAGAUGUGGCACGCCGAAGGAACCCGCGAAGAAGCGACCAAGGCGCCAGAGGAAGAAGAAAACACCGCCGCAACCGCAGCCCGCAUCAAGCAACCCGAUGCAAGCAUCUGGCUCUAUGUCGACACCACACCGUCAGGGUAUGCCACCGGAAGCAAACGUCAUCGCACCUGUCAACCGCUUGCAACCUUUCACUCAAAGACAAGACCCACGGCAAGGUGGCAUGCAACAGGUUUUUGACCCUCGAGCCCUGACUUUUCAACAGGGGCAGCCACAAGCCUCGAAUACCGUGCAAACGCAUUCUGCACAUGCUCUGCAGAGAGGACAAAGACAGGCGCCGGAAUUUCCCUUGGAACCUACCUUUGAAGAAAAUCAAGGGACUUUUUCUCACCAGUACAGAGAGAGAUAA